AUGGAUCCUAAAGACGAUUCUGAGGUGCCUGUCGCUGCUCCGGAGGGAGAGCGGAGCGCCUUGAGCUCAAGCUCAUCGCAGAGUAGUGCUUCCUCAUCUUCGGGAGAUGAGGAGGGCAUUGCUUCACCGCCACCGAACAAGCGGUCAAAAUGCAGCAGGUCGAAGCAAGUCGUGACGUGUUCGGACCCGCGCAUGGACACGCUCAUACAUCAACGUUUAUUGAUAACAUCACCAGCAGAUAUCAAACAGGUCUUCACAUUAACGCUGUGUGUUUCCAGUAGGCAAAUAAUAGAACUGUUUUACAUUAAAAUAAAACAGUUAUUAUAUGCCGAAAGAAACACACAGCGUUAUAGCAAGUGCCUUGCUGGUGAG